AUGAGGAACUUCACCUUGAUAACAGCUUUACUUCUCUGCAGCCUCAGCUGGAUCUCUGUCUCAGCUUCUGAGUCUCACACUGUGGAGGUCCAGUCUGGUGGAGGCGUCACUCUGAUGUGCUCCAACAUUUCCAGCGUUAUAACUCAGACAGAAUGGUUCAGAGUGAUCAACAGAAAGAAGCCCAGCUGUGUCUCCUCUAUGAACCCAUAUGAUAGCAAUGCUUCCUUCUGUGAUGGAUUUCAAAAUAGAUUUGAGAUGAGUUCCAACAUCUCUACUGUCUUUCUUAAAAUCAAGAGAGUGGAUUCAUUUGACUCUGGACUGUAUUUCUGUGGAAUUAACAUAGACAAACAUACAGUCAUUGUAAAUGCAACAUAUCUAAAAGUUCAAGAGGAGUCUGAUGGAAUAACAAACGUCAUGAUUGUGAUCCUGGGUGUUUUCCUCAAUAUACUCAUCAUUGUUCUGGCUGUUAAAAUCAGGAAACUUCAGACAGCUGCGAAUGAAGAACUGAAGCCAGAAAGAAACAAGGUAGACCCAGCAUUAACUAUAAACUAUGACCUGAACUACACAGCUCUAAAUUUCCAGGUGAAACCCAAAAGAAGCCGCAGGCCUGCAUCAGAGAGAGAGCUGGAGCCACAUGUUGUGUAUGCUGCCACCAGAUAGACUCAGGAAACAUCUGGAACUGCAGAUCAGAGUGAAACUGAUGCUUCAUUAGGCCAUAUUAAUCUGCUGUUGUGUUUUUAUGUGUGGGUUUUUACCAGAGUACACUGCUCUCCAUUUUAUACAUCAGCCAUAAUCUCAGCGACGAUUCAAGACAAUGCUUGUUAUGGUACGUGUCCAUAUAGGCGUUUUUUCUUUUUUUACAGAAGGUAUCGUCCCACUUUUCAGCAUUGCAUGCUAGUGGGUUUGCCACCACCAGUUUCGCUUCACUGACCACUGACAAGCAAAGAAAACAGGCCACACCCUCCUACAACC